ACUGACAAAUAUAAACAAAUUCUAGAGUGCUAAAUUUCUCAGCCUUGCUUUUCUAUAACCUGUACAUAUUGUUUAUUGUUAAUGUUGUAUCAUAACGCGGAACAUUCAAAUGUUGACAACGGUAGUAAAUCAAAUGCGCAAUGACAAACAAUAAAUGUUACACUUAUGUUAGACUUACUUUUUAUCACAAUUUAAUAAAAAAAGCUUAAUGUCAGACUAUAGAUUAUGAUCAUAUCAGUAUUCUAUUAAAUGAUUAAAGUUAAUUUUAUAAAGCUGUGGGACAAUUUCUUUGUGUUUCGGUUAUGUAAUGCCAGUAAGCAGCGAUAGAGUAACGCGGCCAAAAACAGUAGGUUUUGCUAUAAAAGGAAUUAUAGGAGAACCAUUAGAUAUUCAUACAGGAAAUCAACAAAAUAAUAAUUUCUUGACAAUUGCUCCUGCUUUACCCAUUUUACCUGGAGCUCCUGUACCAUCAAAGUUAUUUAAACGCCGUUAUAAUUUAUUCAGUCCAACAGAGUCUCUAUUUAACGUAGAAAAUGACAAAGUCGAUGGCUCUAAUACAGUUACUUUACAAUGGACAAGUGAAGGAAAAACUGUUGUGGCAACAAGAACAGCUGCAGAAAAAGAGAAAAGUCCUGACAGAAUAUGUCUGGAUAGACGAGGUCUUACUUCCUUUCCAAAUAUAAUUGGAGAGCCACGUCUACGUUUAUUGUCACUUCAACGUAAUCUUCUUACAAAGAUUGAAAAUUGUAAUUUCUCUCAGUUAACAAAAUUGGUAUUUCUUGAUCUAUAUGGUAAUCAAAUUGAAAAAGUAUGCAAUUUUGAAAUAUUAGAGAAUUUAAGAGUACUAUUAAUUGGAAAGAAUAGAAUUAAAAAGAUUGAAGGAUUAAAGCAACUUUCUAAAUUGGAAGUUUUAGAUUUACAUGGCAAUCAAAUUGUACAGAUUUCAGAUUUGAAUAAUCUUGUAUCCUUAAAAGUGUUAAAUUUAGCUGGAAAUAACAUUAAAGCUAUAGGUUAUCAUGAUUUCCAAGGUUUAACAUCAUUAAAAGAAUUAAAUCUUAAGCGCAAUAAAAUCAAAAAAUUAUUAGGUUUUAAUGAAACCCCACAAUUACAAAAAUUGUAUUUAAGCAAUAAUGAUAUUUCUAAAAUUGAAGAUAUAGGAAGUCUUACUAAAGCAUUACACCUUAGAGAAAUAACAAUUGAUGGAAAUCCUGUAACAUUGAACAGAGAUUAUGUUUCUUUCCUUGUAUCAUAUUUACCAAAUUUACAAUUUCUAUCAAGUAUGCCAAUUACUGAACAAGUCCGAAGAGCUGCUAUAGCAUGGAGAACAACAAAAGAACAAAGUAAUUCCACUUUUUUAAAUCUUAGUACACAAGUUUGUAUGAAUGCUCGACGAGAAGAAAUUAUAUCAAAUGCCAAAAUAAAUUGGGAACUUCUCAGAUGUCAUUCUAAAUCCUCUAUGAAUAAUGAUAAUAGUAAAAACAAUAUUAAAAACAGUAAUACUAAUGCAAUGCAAAUUCAGAAAUCAAGUAAAUUCAGUAUGUUAAAACCUAAAAGUUUAGAAAAUGUAAAGUCAAAGGGUUUUGGAAGUUUGACAUCUAUAAAUGAAAAUAUAGAAGCAACAAAAAUAAAUAUUAAAAAAAGAAGUAAUUCUAUUGAUAAUUUAUUUCGAUUAAAAGAUACAAUUAAGGCAUACCCAUUAGAAUUUAAAUUGCCACCAAUUUUAGAUUCUAUUGUAGAUAGUUUAAUAAACAAUAAAUUUGAUGAAAAAAUAAAGAAAAACUUAACAAAGGCAAAAAUUAAAGGCGACACUGAGAGUACAUCAAGUAGUGAUUCAGAAAUUCUGGAAAGUCCUGAAAAUUUGCAAAGUUGUUUAAAUUCUCAUUUAUUAAACUCUAAUAACUAUGCUUCGCCGUGCCAUAUUAGUAAAAUUAUUACUAAUGAAACAUUUGAUUCCAUAAAUACUUUUAAUUCAACCCAACUUGAAAUUGUUGAUGAGCAAAAUGAUAAGUCUUAUGAAAUAUUCAACUCUUGUAAGCUACCAAUAAAUGAUAAACAAGAUUUAACAAAAAUAUCUCAAAAUAUAAAGUCUCAGAAUCAACAUGGCCUAACUGAUUGCCAAUCGAAAUCAAGCAUUGAUUCUUCUGGAUAUUGUUCUUUAGUUUCUAAAACAAAUAGCAUUGAUAGUUGUAAGUCAGUAUUGAGUGAUUUCAGUACAUCAUCUACCAGUAAAAAUACAUUGCAAAAAUAUAAAAAUAUAGAAAAAGACAAAAACAAGAUAAAAAGUGCACAAGGGAAAAAAAUAGUGUGUUAUAAGAGUAAUAAAGCAGCAAUUGUUAGAGCUAAAUAUAAAGCUACAACGCCACAAAAUCCAGUGCCAUCACAAAAUCCACCAAAAGAAAGGGAACAAGGAGGAGAUUAUUUGAUAGAAAUAGUCGGCCGUUGCUUAAAUAUUUAUGGUCAAGGUGCAUUACGUUUUAUCGACCGACUAUGGGACUCUUCAAAAGCUCAAGACGUUAAUAUAGUUAAAUUUAAUUAUGUACAGUUUAAUGAUGUGGCCAAAGUGUUAUGUAAAAUAAAAAAUAGAUUUCCAAACUUAGAGCAUUUUAUGUUUAAAGAAACUAAUAUUAGCUAUCUUGGACAACUCAAUGCAUUAGCUGAAGUGCAAGGAUUAACAAGUAUUCAUAUAGAAACUGGAAAUCCAAUUAUAUCAAAGGAUUGGAAAGUUUAUGCCAUAUUUCGUUUAGCUCACUGGGGUUUAAAAAUUAUUAAUGGAAAUGAAAUCACAAAUGAAGAAAUUGAUUUAGCAAAUGAAGAAUAUGCUGGUCUUGUUGAUAUUGUGAUGUGUUCACUGCCCGAGUCUUUAUUACAACCUUUACUACAAAGACUUCAUUUAGAGAAAGUGCAAAAACAAACUGGAGAAAUUACUGCCAAACAAUUUUUACUUAACAGUGAUCCAGCUCUUAGAAGUGUUGUUGCUAAGGAAGCAUUGCAAUGGAGAAAAGGAAAUAUAACACAAGAAGACCUUAUUUGGAGACACAGAGGAAAAAUACAUUUACUAAAUUUAAUCAAUCUUACUGUAGAUGCAAUACAAAAGUUACACUUACUCGAAAGUAUAUGGCCAAGUAUUUUAUAUGAAAUAAUUCACACUACCUUGUUUGAUUUUUCUGAAAUGGAUGCAUAUAUGAAACGUUGUAGCAAAACACUCGAAACUGACAAAUAAUAAGUAUGUUAUUGCAUCAUUUAUUGUAUAUAGAAUAUGAAAGAGAAUUGAUAAAAUUAAUUUAUACAUUUUCCGUAAAAUUAAUUUUGUUAAACAAGCUUACAAGAUUACUUAAAUUUAUGUGAAUUUAGAAAAUAUAUUCUUAUGUAUUCACAUAGAUCUAUAAUCUUAGAGCACAUCAUAUUUAUUCAUUUGUUAUUACAUCUGAUAUGUUUAAAAUAUUUGCGAUAAUAAAUAAAAA